AUGAGUCUAACACGGCCAGCCCGAUGCCUUUUCUGCAACUUCACUCGUGCUGCCACCCCGGGCACGCGAGUUCCUCGUCGCCAAUUCCAUCCUACUCCCGCCUCCCUCUCGAACCGGAAACCGAAAUUCCCCAAUGUUAAGGGUCCCCAGAUGGGCGAAUUCAAGCCCUACACGGAAGAGCAAAAGGCCGAGCUCGCCAAGGAGUACUCCGAAUCGCAAAUGGCUGCCAUCAAUGCCGGCGAAGCGGCUAUUGACCCGAAGGACCUGGCAGAGCAGCUCGAGGAACGAUCUGAUCCGAUGAAGUUCAAGUAUGUCGACGACUUCUCCGUGAUUGAACCCGGUAUCGAUCGACACCAGCGCGCCCCGGAGUCCAACUCGGACUUCAAUUUCAAGCUGAAGACCGACGAUGAUUUCGAGCAGGACUGGGGCCGCUACUUCGUUGAGCUUCCCAGCGAGGAUCACGCUUCAGGAUCAAGCUUUGUGAAAUUCGCCAACAGCCUUCGGGUCACCCGCGGGAAGGAGGAGAACGAGCUCAACCCGCACAGUGCACUUGUUCCGGACCUUUUCGGGCCCGGCGAGACCAUCGACGAGCCCCGUGUGGAAGAACGCAAGAGUGCCGCCGAGAUGGGCCUGAAGGAGCGGUCAGCCGCGGCCGAGGAAAUGACAGAUGCGCUCAAGAGCCUUCUCCUGAAGACAGGCUACACUGAGCAGCAGGUUAAGAGUCUCCGCACCAAGACUCUUGUUUCACACAGCGUCACAAAUCAGACCCGUCUAGGAAAGGUUCGUCGCGCAUACCGUCUGUCUAUUGCCGGUAAUACAAACGGCCUUUUGGGUAUCGGCGAGGCCAAGUCCGACGAAGCUGCCGACGCUGUUAUUCAGUCGCAAUACCGUGCCAUCCGUAAUAUGCAACCCAUUCCCCGUUACGAAAACCGCACUAUCUACGGUGAUGUCAAGGGCAAGGUUGGAGCCACAGAGUUGCAGCUUAUGCACCGUCCCCCAGGCUUUGGCCUCCGUGUCCAAUAUCUCAUUUGGGAGAUGUGCCGUGCCAGUGGCAUUCACGAUCUCUCGGCUCGUGUUGGUCGCUCAAGAAACCCCAUGAACACGGUCAAGGCCGCCUACGAGGCCAUUAUGAGCCAGCGUAACCCCGAGCAGGUUGCUCACGCACUCGGCAAGAAGAUCGUCGACGUGCGCAAGGUGUACUACGCUGGCAAGGUUUAG